AAGACAAAUGUGCAUAGUAUUUGACAGUGUAGUCGAGCCACGAUCUUAUCAAAAUUCCUUUCCUUGGUUCUUUAAAACGGAAAAAAUGAUGCGUCCGCAGUUGCUCGUUCUCUAGCGACAUUGUGAACGUGGUCAGCCAUCUCGAAGGAGCAUUUUCCGUACCUGCCCACAAAAAUGGACCGCUUAACAUCGCUGACUAGGAGAACAAGAGGGCGACCAAUACAAUCGUGGGUGACCACCAGCAUCAGCGCAUUACCUUUGUUCCUCCACAACUACUUCAACUCGUACAACUUGCUGCUCUCCACCACACUUUCUUCAACUUCCCUCGUCGGCGCAGUAGUAGAAGAAAUCUCUUUUCCCAGUGAUGGGGUUGAUGACUAUUGGACCCUCUUGAUGUAUGACAUUGGCCUAAGACCAGGAGCAACAGUGGAUAUCGAUUUGACGAAUGUAGUGCAUCCUGAUGCUGAGAAGACCUCUGGUGCUGAUGCUGAGACGUCCUCGUCUGGCACUUCGAGUCAAGAUGACGAUCAUGGCAUCGUAUUCUUUUCGCAGAUAGGACAACAAGAGGACGUGGCAGGAGAUGAAGACGACACAGGAGGAGCUCUCUCGGACUUGACAGAUGUAAACGUCCUUUUAGUAACACACGAACAGUGGGUCAACUGGAAUGAGGGACAGCCUUUUUCUUUGCCAGAAGGUGAGUUGAAUACGUAUUUUCAAAGUACGUGGCGAAGUGGGCCUUUUUCCGCUACGGGUUCUAUGCAGGCGACCUUCACAUUACCAAAAACGGCGGGGAAAAACUCGAAGCUGCUGACGCAGAGGUAUACUUACUAUCCUUGUAUAGAGCAGCUCGGGACUUUACAUGUGAGGACGAUAUUGUUCGUAUGGUACUUCUCACCCAAGAACUUCUGCCUGAAAAAUGUGAGCAAAAAUCCUCCUCCUUCCUUACUGAAGAUAUGAAGAUCGAUGAGAUCUGAAAAUCGAAGAAGAUGAAGAACAGAAGCAAAAACUGCAACUGAGUAGUUUGUCCUAGUUGUACAACAACUGUAGAUACUCUUCUCAUGCUCAUGCUCAUGCUCAGGUACCACCUCGGUGUCAUCAAUCCCUGGCGCAAAGACCUUUUCUUACACGGUCGAGUAGAAAUGACCAAUCCAGGAAGCGAGCACCUAUCGGUCCAACAAGAAAAUGUCGCCGCCGUCUACGCCGCUUCAUCUUUGGUUAACCUCUGCACUGCGCUUUUCGUCUUUUUGCUGUACUUACGGCGUAGAACAAAUGGCAUGGACUAUAAUUCUUGUAUACUUGUUCUAUGUAUAAAUACCUAUGUAUAAUAACACUUGAAGAAGAAGAAGAAGAAGUGGGAAGUCCGACUUAUAGUAAUUAAAUAUUCUUCAAUACUAUACCCCUCAUGAGUGGGUACACUACUACUCCUACUACUCCUACUACUAGGGGCCACCUUCUUCUGCCUUUGACCUCCUUCAUUCCCGAUAAGCAUUUGGCGACUCCACACCAAUGCGACUCCGCGACCGGCAUUUCCCGGACAAGACCCUGUCCCGAGGCCAUUCGCGACAGGCGUGACGCGGUCUCCUUUACACUUGGCCAUGUGUUCAGUCUUCGUACUGAAGAGUUUCUUAUGGAAGACUGCUGCUUGACUUUAGUCGAGGAGAAUGAAUGUCGAGAGCACAUGUCACCUGGCAUCAACCUCUUGCUAGGCAUAUCAAUCAAUCAAUCAAUAUUUGUUUUCAGAUGUAGUUGAGGAACUUGAAUAUCCACAUUCAUCUGUUUUCUGCAGUUUGCAAUUGCAGAAGUUGCGACAACUCGAAGCCACCGGUACGCUGGAGGGGUGGCGAGGCUUACUCGAGUUUUUACCGCAAUUGGCCGAGAAAACGGAAAGUAUCAUAGACCAUAGGAUAGGAUCAGAUAGGAUAGGUUGCUAUUCUUGCCCACUCUACUACACAGAUCGUGCCAUAAAUGUAGAACUUCCCCAUACUGAAAUUAUUAGUCGUUGUAGUCGUUGCUAAUAUAUAUAACUUUCUUUAAGGUUAAGCAACAGUAUCAUUUCGCUGAUGAAGUUGCAUCAUUUCGCUGAUCAUGAUUAUGAUAAACUAUCGUCACUGCCUUCAUUUCUGAUUCCACUCCCACAGCCAUCAUUUCGUUGGAACUGAUGCUUGUCCUAGCGCUUGGAUAUCGCGUAUUGCGAUCUCGGCUGAACAUGACAGAAAUCCGGCUACUCGCAGUCAUGGGUUCUGUCAGUCUCUACCUCGCCGUCUUCGAAAUUACCUGCGUGUCAGCUUCCAGCUGCAGCGGCUAUAAGCUGGCGAGGGAUCUUCUGUUAGGGCACUUAUAUUUAUAUAUCAUAGUGAAGAUUAUGUAUACAACUUAAAUAUCAUUAUAUAUAGUGAAGAUUCUCAUUCUUGUAUCUACUUCAUAACUCUAUGACACCUGCUGGUGUCUAGUUUAUCUUCUAAUCUGCCACAGUCUGGGUUUCCUCGUCAUUGUAGUAGCAAUGAAUUUCAACCUGCAUACCUUGGGCAUGCAGAUUGAGGAGGCGAGCGCCGGCCCCGAGGUCGCGAAGUUGUACGCCAGACAUAGCACUUACUGGCACUUCCGCUGGAUCUUUCUGUUCUUUAUCACGGCGCCGACGAUAUUGGUUUUUCUUAUGAAGUGGAAAAUGGAUUCCCUUUCUCAGCACUGCCUAAGAAAUGUACCGCAGCCUACUUUCGCUUGAAUCGAAUCAGACUCUCGUCCUGUGAGAAAUACCUGCACGCCUUACCACCCCUUUGCCUCAAGAUAAAGUAAGCACAGAACAGAUAGAAGCGCCCAUAUUACCCAGACCCCUCCCGCUACUCCUACUACUCCUACUACUCCUCCUACUCCUUCCUCCUUACUCCUACUACUCCUCCUACUACUACUCCUCCCACUCCUCCUACUACCUACUACCUAUUACUACUGAGGUUCUUUCUAUCAGUUUUUAUACGAAUAGAGAACGUUAGCCGCGGAGUCUACGUUAUUUAUUUCCUCCAAGACGGACCAAGUAGUACAAAUUCUAAUGUGCUGCAAUUGUCGGUCCUCGACUGGGAAAGCCAUUGGAUCUUUGUAGCGGUGAAGGAACUUUUCUCUUGGCUACUUGUCGUUUCCCUGGUCUACGUUUUUCAGCCUGGCUUCGCUGUACCAAAGCUACUCUCAGUGCCUCCUCCAGGUGCUUUCCGACACA